GCGGCACCACGCAAAGCAAUCAGAAGUGGAAUGGAAUCAAAGACCCACACAUGGAUACCCAAACUGCGGUGUGGUCAGAUCCUGCAGCAUGGCUUUGUGAUUUUGUCACUCGGACUUCUGUUUUCCUGGGUGCUGUGGUCAUACACUUGUGGAGACAGGAAAGGUGACAGGCCUCUUCCCAGGCCCCUCCUGCAGCUGCACCUGCCCAGGUCCGAUGGACUCACUAACCAAACACCAAAGGUCAACAACCCAAAGGUCUCUCCAGCCUCCGCCAUAAAGGACCCGGGCUUCAGUGCGGACGAGUGGGACCGGAUGCUGAAGCUGGUCCACUGGGGCGGACCGGACCGCCAGAUUACCACCGCAAACAUGAGCACCAGUCCGGACCACUCAGCCUUCGUUAUUAAUGACCUCAAGGGCAGUUACUAUGUGGGGGAGGAGCUCCACGUCACCAUCGUUGCCAAGGACUUUACCAAAACUCCAAAAAGCUACGGAGGGGAUUUCUUCCAGGCAAAGGUUUAUUCAGACAAAAAGGUAAUUUUAUUUAUUUAUUUGGCAUCUAUGCAGUUCAGCUCAUUUCAUUAUUUUGUUUUAUUUAAUUUCCACAGAUCUGUUAAUGGGUUGAUAACAGCAUGAGGAGCACCAGGCCUAUAUAUUCAAGAAUCACUCAUCUGGUCCAUGAUAUACAAGCUAGGGCCACACCCUUCCUUCCUGCAAAAACAUAGGAAAAACUGCAUGUAAUAGUAUAGGUCAGUAGCCUACUCUCUGCGGCUAACUGUUUCAUCCUUAUCAACGGGCCAACCC